AUGAACGAGACGUCGGAGUGGAUCUUCCUUUUUGCGGAUCAUCGACGGGAAUCGUUGACGGAGCUCUUCGACACGAAUGAUCAUCGCAACUGUUUGACGCACAGAUCCACUCAUACCUUCCACGUUAAGCGUCAACAUGGCGCGCAACUCAUCUCCGUGGAUCGUCUUCGUCGAUGUGGACACUCAUUUCAGACCGUCACCACGACGAUCUUUGACGCGAAUGAUCGUAGAUGCGCAACUGUAAUGUCGAUCUUAGUCGUGGAACGUCGACACGGACCAGCUCAUAUCAUCGACGUAAAGCGCCAGCAUGGAUCGUCGACGCAUGGAUUGUCGAAGCUCAACUUGAAAGUUGAUCUUAAACGGGGAACGUUGUUCUCUGGUGAUGUCCGAUCCUUCCGUUGGUGGAUCAUCGGUGCACAUCGUCAAUUCCCUUCGACGAUUUGUGAAUCUCCUCGCCGGUCGUCAACUUGGCGCGCCAACGAAGAUGUCAACGUCUACGUUGUCCUACAGAUUGUGAUCAUAAACGGAGCAGAAUAUUGCUUUUUGUUUUUUUUUAAUAUUUUCACUUUUUCUUUUUCAUCCAUCGCGUCGACAAGGUGGUUCAAGCAAAGAGAGACAACUAGACGGCCCAAGAAAGAGAGCGAGAGCAAGAGAGAAGGAAAGAGAGAGAGAGAGGCUGGGGUAAAAACGCGCAUGGCAACCGUCGAUGACGCCAACAGUGGCCGUUGGGAUUCCGGCUUCGUGUAUGUCCCGACUGGGAGACGCCUGGCAUCGAUUUUUCAGUCCUCACGACAACUUUCCCCAAGCCCCGCUGAGCCCACUCUCUCUCUCUCUCCCGCCUUCCUGCUCUCCCAAAAACGUGGCCCGGCUCGGCCCGGCCCGGCCCUGUUUAACCUCGUCUCGUUGGUCUGA